CCUCAUUUGUGAGACAAGCUUCUCUCUGCCGCUGGAGUUCUGCCUCAGGUGUCUUCUCUCUGUGCCUGUACAGAGAACACAAAGACAUCUGAUUCCCCUACCACAGAAGUCCAGGGCAUAGCAGAAAUUUCCUCCAGGACAGGUGCAUCAGAUAUUAAACUGACUCCUCCAAGAAAUGGUGGCUCAACAGAUACAAAAACAUUCUGACUUCAAAAUGUACAAUAUAAAUCUCAUCACUGCUAUCUUGGUAGUCCUCCCAAUAAGUUUUCUUCUUUGUGUGUUCAAGAACGGAUGUUGCAAUGGUAAAAUUAAAAAGGAAAACGAUAAACUUAGAAGACAGAAUGAUGAAAUGAAAGCUCAGUUUAAGGACGGCUGGCAGAAGUCUUUUUUGUUCCCUGACUGGAGGAAAGAACUUUUCCAGGCUGUAAAUGUGACUCUGGACCCAGACACAGCCCAUCCUGCCCUCAUCUUGUCUCAAGAAAGACGAGUAACCAUGGGGGAGCAACCUCAAGAUCUCCCUAAGAGCCAGCUGAGAUUUGAGUCCCUCCCCUGCGUGCUGGGUCACCAGUCCAUCAGCUCGGGGAGGCACUACUGGGAGGUGAAGGUUGAGAACGGCACAGCCUGGGACCUGGGAAUCUGUCGCAAUAAUGUAAGGAGGAAGGAGAAGACUCACAUAAGCCCUGAGGAUGGUUUCUGGGCCAUCAGGCUUUAUAACGAUGAGUACUGGGCACUCACCUCCCCAGAAACUAAACUCACUCUAAAAAACAGCCCUAGUACAGUGUGUAUUUUCUUAGACUAUGAGUAUGGAAGUGUCUCUUUCUAUAACAUGACAGAUAAAAGCCACAUCCAUAGCUUUUUUCCAGGCUCUUUUUCUGGAUCCCUGAGACCUUUCUUGAGGCUUUGGUCCAAAGAUUCAGGACAUUUGGACAUCUGUCCACUACCUAAAGAGCCCGAACUGGCACAGCAUGAUGAUGACCCUAAUCCUCCUCCUACUGUGGUCGUACAUACAUAAGAUACCCUGCAGAUCAGUGCGGACUGAAACCUCCAAUCAUGGUAUGGAUUUUCCUAUCUUAUAGCAAAUUGUUUUUCUCAGUCUUUUAAACUACUCUUCCUAAGGGGUUGGGGAUUUAGCUCAGCAGCACAG